AUGGUGGAGGUUCCUGCAUCGUUAUCCCCCGUUGGAUCGGAGUCGCGAUCGACCCAAGCUGCGCCCUACGAAUCCUCGGUCGCCGAUGAACGCCCUGUCGGUAUUAGAUCCGUUUCGCUACCGCCGCCCGCAGAUUCACUACCGGUUGCCAAUGGCCGCUCCCUCAGUGCCAGCGACGCCUCGCGUGGUUCCUACCGCCCUGCCUCCGCACGCGCAUCCCAUACAGGCCAGCUAUCGCCAACAUUAGAAGCCCCAGCAAGGCGAUCAAUGGAUGAGCGCGUCAUCAAUUUCAGCAGGAAAACGCCCUCGUUGCGCAGCGUCCCCAGCAUCGUCAUUGAUGAGCCAAGUUCUCGCCCCGUUUCGCGACCAGGGUCUCGUCCGGGGUCAAGGUGGUCGGAGCGCAAGUGGGGUGGAUUGAGGAAACGAUCGAGCGACUUGGAGGACAAGAUGAACACGGAGGACUUGCCACCGGUACCGCAAAUUGACCCGGAAUUCAGUGGGAUUAGCUUGGAUAUACCAACGGCUUCCUUGGAGGGAUUGGGGCAGACAAUGAAGUUCUCCAACCGUGGCAGCCUGAUCAGGGAUCGUUCAAAGCGGCCGAUAUUGAAACCACGAGACCAGAACCCGAAGCUUCGAUCAGAGCCAAUCUCGGAGGUCGAGAACCACGAGGCGCAGUCGGACGCUGGAUCUAUUCAGCAAUCGAACCCGGCUGAUUCAGAGCCAGCCAGCAAAGCGCCGAGUAUAGCGCCGAGUAUAGCGCCGAGUGUAGCACCUCCCUCGACGAGCCACGAUGGUGCGAGCGAUAGUAUCCCGGAGGCAACACCCCGGCCUUCCAAUAAAGAAGCGCAUCUUCGCCCUUGGCAGACGAGCCUUCAAUCCAGGGCCAUCUCCGCCGACGAGGAUAUGCUUUCCCGGCGAGUGCGACUCAUGUAUGAGAAGGGCGAUGAAAAUGUGACUGACAAGGAUGUCGCAAACGCGAUAGCAACUGAAAAUGGCGUUCUCUGGGAGGAGACAACACCAGAUCUCGAGACUGCUUCGAUGCCCGCUUCAAAUCUCGACACGCCAAUAGCUUCGACCGACAGGGCUUCUGCCGAGGUAGAGCGCAAGCGCAUGAAGAGAGAGACCCAGGAACUGGCAGGCGGUAUUGAAUGCUGGCAAAAUAUUGGCGCAGGCCAAGUUGAUCGAUAUGGCUUUAUUCAUGCACCGGACGACACCGAGCCCCAUCCUAUUCAGCGCGUCACCACCAGCCUUCAGCUUGCAUCUGAGACCCCUCGUCGCAAACUCUCAAUUCGCCCUCCCACUGCUCGAGCUAGUACUCGCUCGUUCAGUGGAAGGUCUCCAACUCGCAACUUGUCCCAGAGCUCUGCUAACAAUGGGCGCCCAACUUCAUCCGCAAGCACCAUCAGCGCACCGGUCCGGCGUUCAACGUCCCGCUUGCGUUCUGCCACUAAUCGUCUCCCGCACAACAGAGACCGGAAGUUUACUGACGAGGCGGCUUACAUGCUUACUCUCCCCGCAGAUGACCCUAGGCAAGGCAAAGACACGCCGGCUGCACGUGCGGCGCGCAAGAAGGAAUGGGAACGCGAAGAUAAAUGGACGAAGAUGGCCAAACCGAUCAAGAAGAAUCGUGACGGCGGUGGCAUGAAGUUUGAGUUCGAUACGCAUAGCUCGAAACUUAUCGAGCGGACAUGGAAGGGCAUUCCGGAUCGGUGGCGGGCAUCAGCCUGGUCCUCCUUCCUAGAGGCCAGUGCAAAGCGACACAAAGAUAGUCCCUCCGAAGAGGAGCUUGUGAACGCUUUCCGUGAAAGUCAAUACGUCUCCUCUCCUGAUGAUGUGCAGAUCGAUAUAGAUGUGCCUCGCACAAUCACCAGCCAUAUCAUGUUCCGUCGGCGGUAUCGCGGUGGACAACGACUUCUAUUCCGGGUUCUUCAUGCCAUGUCAUUAUAUUAUCCUGAUACAGGCUAUGUUCAAGGCAUGGCUGCCAUUGCGGCUACACUAUUGGCAUACUACGACGAGGAGCAAGCUUUUGUGAUGCUAGCCCGCCUUUGGCGCCUGCGUGGCUUAGAAGAGUUGUACAAGUCUGGUUUCGCAGGGCUGAUGGAGGCUCUGGACGAUUUUGAACGCGAGUGGCUCGCCGGUGGUGAAGUGGCUACACAGCUGAACGAAGUCGGAAUCCCGCCAACAGCCUACGGUACCCGCUGGUAUCUAACCCUCUUCAACUAUUCUAUUCCUUUCCCCGCUCAACUUCGAGUAUGGGAUGUCUUUAUGCUACUUGGAGACGCCGAAGAACCCGUUGCUCCACGGCCAACCACCUCAUCUGGAAGAGGACCCAAGGCACCCCCACCCCGCCUUGGUACAUUUGGACAGAGCCUCGAUGUGCUACAUGCCACAUCUGCUGCCCUUAUUGAUGGCAUGCGGGAUAUCAUUUUGGAAUCUGAUUUCGAAAAUACGAUGAAGGUCCUUACUAGCUGGGUCCCAAUCAAGGAUAUCGAAUUGUUCAUGCGUGUCGCCAAAGCCGAAUACAAGGUCCACCGACGCAAGAAAACCCAUUAA